AUGUUUCCUUUCCCGCGGAAAUCAUCACGAUCCGCCUUGUCAAAGUCACACCAAGACCCCACAGCUCUGCAUUAUGGAGGCAGCCUGCUGAGUGAGAGAGGAUACGACAGUGAUGCGCAGUAUCUUACAACACCAAGACGUGACCUGUUGGGGAGAUAUCCUGCCAGUCGAGGCUCUCGCCGAAUGCCGCUGAGCGAUUUGAUUGAACAGAGCCAGGAGCGCUCAGAUGCUGAACGCUGGGCUCUCUUCAACGACCUAACAGUAAAUGAGUCCCAGGAAUCUGCUUUCGGGAUGCAUUUCAUCCCAACGCCACCGGGCACUCUGAGAGGCCCCCCGACUACCUUUCACACGGCCCGUGAUAUCAAUGAAUCCAAAUACCAGCCAAUGGCUCCUUCGACUCUUAGAGCUGGGCGGUCUCAGGGAAGCCCUAUUAUGAACAUGAAUUUUGGGAGAUCCCUUCCAUCUUUGUCUUCAACCCACGAGCCUGGAGCGGCACAUUUUGAACACUCGCCCGUUCUGAAUGUCUUUGAAAACUCCAGCGGCCGGGAUAUCAUGUCUGAUUGGAAACAAUUCAUGAAGACCAGCCGGGAUAGAUGUAGACUGGGAUCGUCAGGGUCACUCCCCACUCCAUCAGAAAAUCUAGUGGUGUCCAAAACGGGACAGCCUUCCAUUUCAGCCAGGUCCUUUACUGACCCUCACUCGAUACAUCUCGGCGAGUUGGGUAUUUCGAAUCGCCUUGUAACUCACUCUCAGACAUCUCAGGCAAUAACAUGCGAUCCAUCAAUUACUGAACUAGUCCACAAGCACAAAGGGGUCCUUGGGGAUUUUUCGCAGGAGAACAUACCAUCUUCCCGUUCGGGUGCUUCGGCCAGCUCUAGAAAUGAGACUCCAAGAAAUCCAAACGGUCAGCGCGAUACAUCUUCAUGUUACUCACAAGCCAGUCCAUCUUCGGGAACACUAUCAAUUGGGAAACUGUCGUUCAAAAAGCUCACCGGAAAAACCCUUAACCCAAAACCAGCAAUGCAGGAGAUCCUCAUAUCUGACAGUGAAACCGUGAAUAUUCCAGCACCUCGAAGCACGCUUCUAAGCAGAUUCCAGGAGCAUUGUGACUCUAGCAACUUAGACUCACCUCACUUUCAGAAUCAUGCCACUGGUCUAGUUUCCCCACGGAAAGUCAGCGUCGGAUGGAUGUCUGGAGGCCGCCGCGUUGGCUAUGGCUAUAGCCCUGUACCAGGCAAAGGCGGAGGUUCCCCGAAAAAGGAUAUCCAAAGUCCCUUGCAGUUGACAGAAGUAUCCAGCUUGAAAGCGGAGUUUGCAGCGGCGAAUGGGGCAUAUGAGUCACAUGGACUUGAACAGAUGGCGCAGUCGGCACCUCGAGAUUACAUCACUUCAUCCCCCAGUCAUCUGCGUACACCUUUAUACGAUCUUGCUGAUCCCGAACCUAUCAAGUCUCUGGAACCCAACGAAUACGCAGCUGCACCCCAGGUUCGAGCAUACCUGAACCGGUCCAGUCAAGAACAGCUUCAAAUUACUUCUAAUGAAGACAAACCCAGGGUUCUUUGCGCACCAGAAUUGACACCUACAGUGCAGACCGAGUACUGUCAAGUCCCGCGGAGCUCACAUUACACCAGCAAGGGAGAGAGCAGUGAAAAAAUUAGUCGUCAAUUGGCCCGACUGAGCCGGUCCGUAAGCACAAGAUUCCGAAAGCAGAAUCAGAAGACGGGACUAUAUUGUAUGGCUCAUGAAAGACGAGAGUAUAACCCUUCCGAUGAGACAGAACCAGAAUUUCUUGACACAGAUCAUGGCGAGAGCGAAGAUCAAGCUCACCAGCUUCAACCUAACAUUUCCCGAACUGCACGAUGGGCAAACAGAAUUUCCAGAUACAGAGAAAGCAAAAGGCUCUCGAUCGUGCGUCAGCAAGAGCAUUCACAGUCUUCUUCGGGUGCUUAUGAGGAUUGUGAUUCAGCCAGGGUCAGCCUCAAGCGAGCUUUAUCCACGAGAAGCAACACGACGGACGACGCAGAUCAUCUUGGAAUUCCCGGUUCUUUUGAAGGGAGCCGUUGGGCAAGUCGGAUCAGUCGUCUGAAGUGA